AUGAAAGGUUACCUCAUCGCAGACAAUGAACUUGAAUUUAAUAAAAGAUUUUUCGCUCUGCUGCAUAUUGGUUGCGGGAUGAUGAUGAUGAUGUGGCAAAACUGUUUUGAAUUGAAAUUCGACAUGAUCGCUUUGAGUCGCAAUCUAUUGCCGAGUCACACACACACAAAACAUGACUUGCAAUCGCAAAUCAACGAGUGCUGCUUCUUCCCCCCCGCAGCAACGUCGCUCCCGCCAUAUAUCAUCAGCCUUAUAUUACGUUGGAAAGUAGGCAGCACAAACAUAUUCUCAUGGAACGUGAAUCAAUUUCAUCGGCAGGCAAAACCAUUAAAUACUCGCAUGCACAUAGCUUUAGCUUUAGCCAAAAAUAAAAACUCUCCGUGA